AUGGUUUUUCUUGAUGUGGCUAAGCUACCUCCGUACCGUCUUCUACACCAGAAGUACAACCUUGCAGAGAAGCUCUGUUACGAAGACUAUCUUCGACGAGCGACACAAAAAGGAAGACUUGAUGAAACUUCCUAUGAAGAAGAAGAAGGCCUUGAUGGAACUCCAAGUUUUGUUGAGGCAGCUGCUGUAAGACGUAAGACUAUAUCUGUCGGCAAUCUCCCUUGCCCAACUGUAAUACGAGAUAUCAUCGAUUUAUACAAAAUGUUGGACAAGUUGUUCAUGUUCGACUUGUUACAGACUGCGAGGGCAACCAAAAUGGCAUGGGCUAUAUUGAGUUUGCUUCUGCUAAAGAAGCAGAGAAGGUAUUGCAUCGAUCACAAUGUUUGGUACGAAGAUCAACUUGGACGAGAAAACCGUUUGAUCGAUGAGGAAUUGGAGGAAGGAUUUGGGAAACUCAUGAUUUUGCCGAGGAACUCUGCUUACUACAAAAAUGUUGGAGAAGUUUGCCGCCGUGUUCGACUUGUUGUAAACCGCGAGGGUGAGCAUGUGGGCUGUGGCUUUGUUGAGUUUGCUUCUGCUGUCGAAGCAAAGAAGGCGCUGCUGUACGAGAGUAGAGCUCUGAAUAUUCAUAUCAUUUCUGACGUGGUUGAGAUGUCUCCAUACCCUAUCCGACCCAAGUACAACCUUGCAGAGAAGCUCUGGAGGAACGAAGAAUACCUUCUACCAGUAAGCCUUCCGAUAGAAGGAGAUUAUUUGGAGAAACCGGAGGUGACUAAUUAUUCUUCUGCGGUAAGAGGAUAAACCUUCUCUGACGAUGACUGAUGGAAGAAGAUGAAGAA